AUGUGUGGGGGGGGGGGGGGUGGGGGGGGUUGGGUGGUUGGUUUUGGUGUUGGGGGGGGGGGUUUUGGUGGUGUGGGUGAUGGGUGGGGGUGGGUUGGGGGGGGGGGUUUUGGGGUGGGGGGGGGGGGUUGUUGUGGGUUGUUGUUGUGGUGUUGUGGGUGUGGGGUGUGUGUGUGUUGGUGUUGGUGGGGGGGGGGGGGGUUGGGGGGUGUGGUGGGGGGUGGGGGGGGGGGUUGUGGUUGUGGGGAGGGUGUUGGUUGGUUUGUUGGUUUAGGUUGUGGGUGGGGGGUGGGGGGGUUGGGGGGGUGGGGGGGGGGGGGGUGGGGGGUGGUUUUGUUUUUGUUUGUGGGGGGGGGUGGUGGGGGUGUGGGGUGGUUGUUUGGGGGGGGGGGUUUUGGGGGGGUUGUUUGUUUGUGGGGGUUUGGUGUGGUUGGGUGGGGUGGGGGGGUGUGGGGGUGUGGGGGGUGGGUGUGGGGUGGUGGGUUGUGGUUUUUUUGGAUGGGUUUGGGUUGGGUUGGGUUGGGUGUGGGUGUGUGUUUGGUGGGGGGGGUGGGGUGUUGGGUGGUUGGGGGGGGGGGGGGGGUGGGGGGGUUGGUGGGGGGGGUUUGGGGGGGUGGGGGUGUGGGGGGUGGUUGGGUUGGUGUUGGGUUGGGUUUUGGUGUGGGGGUUUUUUGUUGGGUGUUUGUGGUGGUGGUGUUUUUUGGUUGGGUUGGGUGGUGGUUGGGGUGGGUUGUUUUUUGGUGUGGGUGUGGGUGGUUGGGUUGGUGGGUUGGGGGGGGGGUGGGGUGUGUGUGGUGGUUUUUGGUUGUUGUUGUGUGGGGGGUUGUGGUUGGGUUGUGGGGGUUGUUGGGGUGUUGGGGGGUUGGUGGGGGGUGGUGGGGUGGUUUGUGUUGGGUUGUGGGUUGGGGGGGUGGGGGGGGGGGGGGGGGGGGGGGGGGGGGGGGGGUUUUGGGGUUGUGGGGGGGGGGGGGGUGGGUGUGGGGGUUGGGGUUUGUUUGGGUGUUGGGGGGUUGGUGUGUGUUGUUUUUUUGGGUGGUUUUGUUUUUUGGUUGUGGUUUUGGUGGGGUGGGGGUUAUGGGGGGUUUUUGUGGUGGGUGGUUUUGGGGGGGGUGGGGGGGGGGGGGGGGUGUAGUUAUGGGUUGGGGGUGGGUUGUGGUUGGGGGGGGGGGGGGUGUGUGGGGGUGGGUGGUGUGGUUGGGUGUUGGGUGGUGGGGUGGGUUUUGGGUUUGUUGUUGUUGUUGGUUGUUAUGUGGGGGUUGUGUGGGGGUUGGGUGGGUUGGGGGGUGGGGUGGUUGUGGUGGGGUGUUUGUGGGUGGGUGGGUGGUGGGGGGGGGGGUUGGGGUGUGGGGGGGGGGUGGGGGGUGGGUGUUGGGGGGGGGGGGGGGUGGUAGGGUGGUGUUUUGGUGGGUUUUGGUGUGUUGGUUUUGGUGGGAGGUUUGGUGGUGGGUAAUAAUGGUAGUUUUGGGGUUGGGGGGUUGGGGUUGGGGGGGGGGGGGGGGUUGGGGGGGAGGGGGGGAGGGGUGGGUGGGGGGUGUUGAUGGGUUGUUGGUAGGUUUAUGUGUGGGGUUGUGUUUGUUGUUGGUUUGGUUGGUGGUUGGUUUUUGGUUUUUUGUGUGGUUUUGGUGUGGUAGUUGUUAUUUUUGUUUUGUUGGUGGUUUAGUGAGGGUUAGGGGAAAAAUAUGGGGGGGGGAUGUUUUAGAGGGGGGGUUUAAAGGGAGAAUGGGAAAGGGGGAAGAGUUUAUAGGGGGGGGGUGGGAGGGAUAUGGGGGGGGGUGGUAA